UGAUGAACGAAGUUGAAGUUGUCAAGGCAUUGGAUAACCUAGAGAUAUUAUUCGAUGAAAUAGAGAAACACUUGGCAUCGCGCACAGGAGGGCGCGCCACCUGGUGGUUGUGCUGCGAGCACGUGACCCCGGCUGACAUCAUUCUCUGCAUCUUGCUGGAGAGACUCACAUUUGUCGGACUGAUGGAGCGGUACUGGGGUUCUGGGAAGAGACCAGCUAUAGCAGCCUACCGCGCUCGCUCUCAAACACACCCGCCUUUCAUCAAUAUCCUGCCGAAAUUCUAGUGAUAAAGUGACAUGAAUAGUUUGAUUAUGCCCUAUAAGAUUCUGUCAUAGAAUAUAAAGAUAAUAGAAGCUUAAAAGUAAUAGAAAUGAUAAAGAUAAUAGAAACAUAAAGAUAAUAGAAAUGAUAAAGAUAAUAGAAGCAUAAAU